UUAGCGAUAUACUCGAUUGAUAAUCGAUAUAUUGUUCGGUAUUGGUUUUAUGAUCGGAUUCAUAGCACCAUAGCUUAAAUAAGAUAUUUAUUUACUAGUUUGUUCUAAAGGGAAAAUGGAGGUACAGAGUAACCAUUAGAAAGGAUCAGUUUAAGCUGUAACUAUGGGUGGGACAGAAUCCAAAGUUUCACCGGGUCAUCAACCGGAAACGAUGUCCAAGAAACAUGAACAGAAACCAUAUCGACUGAGCAGAGAUAACUCUAGUCUGUUCGAGAAUAAGACGCCAUUACCUGUCGUACAGGAAUCCACCGAGGAAGAUCUGUACGAAAACAACAUGGAAUCUACAGAUAGUUCCCAGAUUAUAGCCGACGGAGAUGUGAAGCACCACGAACGUCCGUCGGAUCAACCAAAGCGUUCAUUGACUGAUUAUUCCCUGAAACCUGAAAGCGAAGUAUCUAUAGUGAUAUCAACUGCUUCUGAAGACAGUGAUUCUGUCCAUUACACUGUACAGGACCACGGUUCACGUGACAUUUAUAAAGAAAAAACUGACCUGAGUACCACAGAGACGAGCACAACCAAAUGGUCGAGAGACAAUACAAUGGGAAGCAACACCAGUACUGUUGACAGAAAAAUCAGCACAAAUGACGAACGUAGCCGCAAGAUAUCGAACGAUCAAAACAUGUCCAACGACAGGAGAAAGAGCAACUCGUCGAGCAGAGCGCCGCCCCAGAACAACUCGAAACAGAAACGCAACAGUGUUAGCAGCAACAAUACCAAUACUAGAAAACCAACGACCGUCAAAUAUCCGAACACUAUUCCGAAUGGACAGGUGGUUAAGGAUACCGUAAUUCCUUCCAGGGAAACUUCUAAUGGGGAUAUUAGAAAUAAGGACAAGGAUGAACUCAUUAAGCAGCACCCGAAGCACCAAGAUGCAGCCAUGAACCAGCACCAGAAGGACCAAGAUGCAGUCAUGAAUCAGCAUCAGAAGGACCAAGAUACAGCCCUGAACCAGCACCAGAAGGACCAAGAUGCAGCCAUGCAUCAGUACCAGAAGGACCAAGAUGCAGCCAUGAAUCAGCACCAGAAGGACCAAGAUCUAGACAUGAAUCAGCACCAGAAGGACCAAGAUGUAGUCAUGAAUCAGCAACAGACGAGCCAAAAUGCAGCUAUGAAUGCACAACAGACGGGCCAAAAUGCAGCCAAAGACAAAAGGGAGUCUAUAAGAGACGAUGAUCUAAUGAAGGUUCAUCAAAAAAAACAUGUCCGAAUCAGCUCUCCAGAUCCAAUACGGGAUGCUGAUGAUUUUUACAAUCGCCUUUCAAUGAGGAUGGAGAGAAGUGGAUAUCUGAAAGAAGCACCAUCUUUAGACCUGUUUAAAAGAACCUUCGAUGAAUAUCGCUCAAUGGCCUGUGAUCCACCAAUCGACAAAUCUGGUAUAAUCAUACCCUGUCCAACCUUAGUAAAGAAAGCGAAACUAUUGAAAUCAGAAGAUUUUAAAUCUAUCGACCUUCAUGCUAGUAAGGUGCCCGAUAAAAUGAUGCGGAAGUCCCUGAAAGAAAUGGUGAAGUAUUUGAUCAAACCUGCUAGUGGUAACAAAUUAGAACAGGCAAGGGCUGUGUUCGUUUGGCUUGUUACAACCGAUCUCAAUUCAAGUGUGGAAGACGAUUCCUUGGGGUCCGAUUCCGACUCGGAACAAAUUGACGAAACGAUGAACCCAACACGGGUGUUCUUAAGAAAGGUCAAAGCCGAUGAGAUUACCCAUGCUGAACUUUUUAACACUAUGUGCAAAAUUGCUGGACUACACUGCAGAAGCAUCGAGGGUAUAUCGCGGGGUUUUAUUGAACAACCUUCCAAUGUUGUUACGGAAACGGUAACGGCAACCUGGUCCGCAGUAGUUAUAAAUGAUUCGUGGCGGCUCGUGGACGUAGCUAGAGCAGCAGUCACAUUCAAAGUCGCCAAAGAGGCCCGUGAAGAGGAGGAGAAUGAGGAAGACAGUCCAAACGGAUUUGAAACACGUGAAUCACCCAUAACUGAUCUUUUAGACUUUUACUUUCUAACCGAUCCGGAGGUGUUUGUGUUUUCGCAUCUUCCCGACGAAGAAAACUUUCAAUUCCUACCACGACCCGUGUCUUACGCCGAAUUUACAUACUUACCGUAUCUUAAACCGCAUUUUUUCAUUCUCGGAUUCCGGGAGGAGAAAAUGUACGAAUCGGUAAUGGAAACUGUGGACGGAAAAUUGGACUUUAUUCUUUACGCACCAGAAGAUAAAGCACGAAAAAUGGCCUGCAGCUUCCAUAAAGUUGAAGGCAAGUCCCAUAAACACGUAAAUUCCAGUGAUUUAAGGGAUUAUGUUUAUCUGGAAAGUGAUUCAGACAUAAACUGUUAUAAAAUUAAAGUGAACGUGCCAUCAGCAGGCACGUAUGUUUUAGAAAUUAACGGUCGAGAUGGCUGGGAAGAGGUGGAUAAAACAAACGGAUUGUGUACGUAUGUGAUAAAGUGCUCUAAAAGUGUUCACUGUGAACCGUAUCUCGAAAACGACCGUGAGGAAUGGGGACCUGGGUCGGACUGUGUUGUAUCUGGAUUAAAACCGAUAUCUCAUCCGCGGGGAGAGGUUAUCUUGACGAGGGGGGAAGGUUUGAUAGAAUUUGAAAUGGAAACACGGGUGUAUAUAUUACACACUUUAAAUCAUGCGCACAUCCACGUGACAGAGCUUGCAAAUUACGUGAUACAUAGGAGUGAAUCCGAGAAACUAUUUAUACACGUUCGAGUCCCCAAAGCUGGAGAUUAUGCCUUAAAGAUCUUUUCCCGAAAGGAAGAUGACACUGGAAUAUUUGUAAAUGUUUGCACGUACUUAGUGCGAGCAUCUGAUGACGUACCAAGGGAUAUUCUACCUUUUCCCAGAAUAGAUGACGGUCUGGUUGGUACGAAUCUUUUCUUCCGGAAGUUGAAUAUGGAAUUAGUUCGCCCAGAGACUUGUAUCAUUUAUUCGCCGCCAUCCGGUGGUCUGAAGUUGAAAAUUAAUUUAGCUCCCAAUGUUCAUUAUUUACCAGAAUUCAAAUUAUGUCACGGCAACACCGAAACACCCAUGCAUGAGUAUACCACGUGGAGUUUACUAGGACUCAUGGGAACUUUUAGAUUGCGUUUUCCACAACAAGGGAUGUAUCUAUUCUCCCUGUAUGCGAUUCUACCCGACCGAGAUGAUCAAGUUAACGCCGUCUAUAACGCAGUGAUAAUUUGUAACUGGCCCAGUGAACGAUGCUUCCCAUUUCCAACAUCACUGGCGAGUUGGACCCCUUAUUAUCGAUUCCUCUCUCCGAAAGAUGUUUAUCUUAUUUCGGACACGGUAGUCCGGUUUCUUGUGGAUAUCCCCGAUGCAUUAAAGGUGACUCUCAUAGGUAAAUAUGGUUGGCAGCAGUUGGAGAAACGGGAGGACGGUCUAUGGUCGAAUGACAUCACAAUAGAACCUGGUCAAGAAGGGAAAAACAUUAAAAUGUUUGCGUCAAUGGAGGAAGGCUCACAUUCCCUCUUUUCAUUACUCCAAUUUAAGAUCGUGUCAAAAGAAGAAAUGGAGGAAAUGGAAAGGAUACAGAAAGAAUAUUACGAAUCGGCUCGUCGGAGAGUUGAGGAACUGAAAGAAACUGGAGAAUGGGAAGAUCCAGAGAUUUACGAGGAGAAACCCUUGGAAGAUGAACCCGAUGAUGGCUUUUCGGAGAUUCUUGACGUGGAUCCCAUUGUUCACGAUACCUUAACGGAAGAGUUUCAAGCAGAUAUUGGCCAGUAUGAGGAGAGCAUACCAAGAAAGAAGGGAAAAGAAAAGAAAACCACGUUCAGCAAGAAUGACCCAAAGAAGAAAAUCAAAUCCAAACGCACCAAAGAUAAAACGUUUAUGUCAGAUACGUCAGCGUCAACGGUUGAAUCGAAAGGAAAGGAUAAGAAGAAAAGGGAAGAUUCUGAUCUGUUUGAGGAAUCGUCUGACACUAUUGAUGUGGAUAGCGAUUCUUCAGAGGAUAGCUGGGAGGCUAAAAUGGCUGAAUUUGAAGAAUGGAAAAAGAAACAGGCGCACACAGAAAAGAAAAGCGAAGCACGAGAAAAAAAGAAUUUACGUCAGCAGUUAAUCUUAAACAGACUGAAAGCCGCUACAAGACGGCGGGAAAAAUUGGAACUUAUACGUGCCAUUGAUGACUGGAAACUUGAAGGUUAUAAAAAGACAAAACAUUUUAACAGAGCUGUACGCAUGCUUGAUAUAGUUAGGUUACGUGAUGAUUUAACGACCCAUAUAACCAACAGAAAUUACCUUCGAUUAAAAGAGACAUUGGAAGAAAUAGAAAUCAAAGGUUACGCCAUGGAGAUUGCCUAUGAGGUUUCACAAGCAAGAGCUCGCAUUCAGGCCGCCGACAGUCACGUAUUUGUCCGUCAUCGCCAAUCAACGAUAGAUAUACAAACAUUGGCCGAGAUCAGAAGUUACAGUCGUCCACAGGAAAUCGUACAUAAAAUCGUGGUUGCUAUGCUGCUGGUGAUGGGAGUUCCCGAGAAAAAUACCAAGAAAUGGAAGAAAUGUCAAAAACGCUGUGUUGUGUGUGGUAAAUAUGGUCUACACAGUCGUCUACACGAGAUCCAGCCAGAUGAGAUACACCCUUCCAUCGCAGCACGGGCUAGAGAGAUACUGGAAGGUCAUAAUAUGAUGGAGGCUAAUACAGUUAGUCCUGGAGUAGGGGCCCUGUACGCAUGGGUCAAGCAAAUUACAAAUGAGGUGUUAGAUGGAACGGAAACCGAUAAAAUGUCCGUGAAACCAGCACACAGAAAAGAGCAGAGUGAACUUCUACGAGAGGAGACUGAACAUAGUUUAGAGGAACAGGAGAUGAUAGAAAGUCAACAGGGCCAGAAAUACAUGAUUCGUGAAAAAACACAAUCCCAUUUCAGAACGCGAGAACGAGUCAAAAGAGACACAAGACGAAGUGUAUCGUUGGACGUUAGACGACGUUCGCGCAGUGUUGGUGUGAAAUCAAACGAACCACAACGAGAAAGGUCGAAAAGUAAAAUAUCUAGAGCCUAUAGCCCCGAUAAAUCAAAUAGCAAGCCACGAAAAGAACCGACGAAGUGAAACGACGGCUUAAAAUAGUUUGAUUUGAUAAAUACAUUCUGAACGUACAUAUACAUUAUAUUAAAACAAUAUACAUAAUAUACAAAUAAUAUACAUAAUAUACAAACAAUAUACAUAGGAUACAAACACUAUGCACAAUAUACAAACAAUAUACAUAACACACCAAAAAAUAUACAAACAAUAUGCAUAAUAUACACAACAUACAACCAAUAUACAUAAUACACAAUAUACAUACAAAAUACACAAUAUACAAACAAUAAUUAUAUCAUGUCCAAACAAUACACAACCACUAUAGACAGACACUGUACACAAUAUACAAACAAUAUACACAAUAGACAACCAAAUACAUAAUUUUAUUCCAACAAAUAGCCACAUACAACAAAUAUAUUCAACCAUAUAUUUAUCGACUGUGAAGAUUGAUGUUUUAGUUGAUCAAAUUCUGAAAUACUGUUGUAUGGUGUUGAAGAUUCGUUGUGCGUAUAUACUGUAUUCGAUUCCAAUGGAAUUAUAAGUUGACAUCUGACACAAACAGUUGAAUAAAUAACACACUGUUUUUCAAGUUUUUAUUAAUGUAAAUGUCGUUUGCAGUCCUCAUUCCUGUGUACAUGCUAUAUUGGGAGUAAUUAUUCUGCCAGUGCCAUGUAAUUCAACCUCCUGAACUAAUGGUUGAUUUAGGAUAAUAGUUUCUAGAAUAAUGGUUAUGGGAUUUUUAGAAAUAUAUCUGUGAACUAUUUUACUAUAAUAAACAAAAAUAUAAUUUAUCCGAGAGUCACAAUACUAGGACAAAACAGACCUAAGGUGGCCUGACUCCACAAAAAGUACCGAUGUAUUCGGAACACUAUAGGUGCAAGUAACAGAUCAGAUUGGCGAUGCUCGAUUGUCAGUCCGGAACGUUCGGAAUUGACGGAAUUGCAAUCGUUUGACGCCGAAUUCAUUUCUGUCACAGUUCUGUCAGUCCCGACAACGGAGGUGGAGUGAGUAGAAUCGUGACGUAAUUAAACACAAGAAAUAUGUUUCAGCUAUCAUGGUUGGUUGAGAUAUUUCCUAAUGCAGUCGGCACGUGCGUUUUAUCCCUGAAUACCCAUUUAAACUCGGUUGCCACUAUUGUUGGGUUUGAUAGAAUUCAAUUCCGAAACGUUCAAUCGAGCAUCCCCAUAAAGUUGUCGGUAGAAGCCGAUUUUGUUGUACAACUGAAGUUAUCCGAAUGUACCCAAACAUUGUGAAGUUGCGGGAAGGAUGGAAAAUGUCUGCUGAUUGUGCGUGAAGAUUAAUAAAUUCUUUACUGUGAUAAAUUAUGUAUAUAUUUUUAUAUUUAUCUGUGAUAUUCAAAAAAAAUAAUAUAUAUAUAAUAUCUAUUUAUAUAUUUAUUUAUAUUUAUGUAUUCUGUGCCAAUUUUUUAUUUUCGUUAUUCACCCUUUUUUCGCUUAUAUUUUAUUAUCCACAAAUACAUUGUUAUCACCCAUUUAAACAAGAAUUAGUUUUAUCGUAUUUACAUAAUUAUUUACUCUGUAUUCACUUUUACUUUGAAUGUGUUGUAGUAAAACUUUAUUUCUCUUAAAAGCUUAGCAUGAGUAUAGGCGUGUGCCUUUAUAAGCUUGAUGGCGAAAAGUCUCCUUUGCUCGAUAAACCCUUGGGUCAAAUUCGUCAUGGGCGAUAAUUCUGUUUCUUUGUGUUUUAUUAAAUUAUAGUGCAAAUAUCAAUUGCUGAUUUGAAUAUUCGAAUAGACUCUGUCAUUAUUCAAAAGUUAUUCAAAUAUUCAAUUCAAAUGGAACGAUCAUUUUUGGGGCCGUUUUUGGGUUUUAAUGUUUUAUCUGAUAUUCGUACAUUAUUUAUUUUGGGGAUGCUCAAUUGUCAGCCCGGAACGUUCCGAAUUGACAGAAUUACAACGGAGGUGGAGUGAGUAGCAUCGUGACGUAAUUAAACACAACGAAUAUGUUUCAGCUGUCAUGGAUGGUUGAGAUAUUAACUUAUGCUUUCGAUGCAUGCGUUGUUGCGCGAAACCCCGCUUUAAUGACUACAGUUCGAAUAGCCUUUGAAAAACGAUUUAUUUUUAUGAGCUCUAUUACAUUCAUUGUUUUUAUUGCUUUUUUUAAAUUUCGCUUGAACAUGUCUUCAGAACGAUAACUUUGUAUUGAAGCACUUCAUUUAUGUGUAGCUAAUUAUUUGUCAUUUAAUAACUUUUAAUAAGUCUUCUAUAACAAUUUGUAUAAAUUUAUUGCUUAUGAAUAUAUAUUGCAAAGAC